UCCAACGGAGGCUGAGGCUGGCCAAGCUGAAUGGAAAUGGCCACUGCCGGUUCCGCUGACUCGGGCUCGACUGCCCCCCCAGAUCUGAGGACUCCCUUCUGGAGAAUGUUGGCCUCUCAUAGAGGGUCUAGUGGAAGUCGAAAGAUGGCCACACCAGAGGGUCCAGGGUUGUCUCAGAGUAUGAAGAAGACUAUUGGCCAUCGGGGAGUGGACCCCACAGGAGAGACCACAUACAAAAAGACAACCUCUUCGGCACUGAAAGGAGCCAUCCAGCUGGGUAUCACCCACACAGUGGGCAGCCUGAGUCAGAAGGCUGAGAGGGAUGUUCUCAUGCAGGAUUUUUACGUGGUGGAGAGCAUCUUCUUCCCCAGUGAGGGCAGUAAUUUAACUCCUGCACAUCACCAUGGUGACUUCAGGUUUAAGACCUAUGCCCCCAUUGCCUUUCGUUACUUCAGAGAACUCUUUGGCAUUCGACCCGAUGACUAUCUGUACUCUCUGUGUAAUGAUCCCUUGAUAGAACUCUCUAACUCUGGAGCCAGUGGCUCUAUCUUCUAUGUCUCCAGUGAUGAUGAGUUCAUCAUUAAAACAGUCCAGCACAAAGAGGCAGAGUUCCUGCAGAAACUGCUCCCUGGUUACUUCAUGAACCUAAACCAGAAUAAGAGGACCCUGUUGCCCAAGUUUUACGGCCUCUACUGCGUACAGGCAGGUGGCAAGAACAUCCGCAUUGUGGUGAUGAACAAUUUGCUGCCAUGCUCUGUCCCCAUGCACCUCAAAUACGACUUGAAGGGCUCAACAUACAAGCGGCGUGCCUCACCCAAGGAGAGGGAGAAAGGUGUGCCCACCUACAAAGACUUGGAUUUCAUGCAGGACAUGCCUGAGGGCAUCCAGCUUGAACCGGAUAACUACAACGCCCUCAGCAAAACCAUCCAGCGCGACUGUCUGCUGUUGCAGAGCUUUAAGAUCAUGGACUACAGCUUGCUGGUUGGAAUCCAUAAUGUGGAUCAGGCAUGUCGAGAGCGUUUGGGGGACAGCAGGGGGGCGGAGGGGGCAGUGACACCUGACCAACGGAGGCCCCAGGCCCAGAAAGCCCUCUACAGUACAGCCAUGGAGUCAAUUCAGGGAGAGGCUCGUGGAAAGGGCACACUGGACAGCGAGGACCAAUGGGGAGGUAUCCCAGCUCGGAGCAGUAAGGGAGAGAGGCUGCUUGUUUAUAUUGGUAUCAUCGACAUUCUGCAGUCUUACAGAUUCAUCAAGAAGUUGGAGCAUUCCUGGAAAGCACUGGUUCAUGAUGGGGACACAGUGUCUGUCCAUAGACCCGGCUUCUACGCAGAGCGAUUUCAACGCUUCAUGUGCAGCACAGUGUUUAAGAAAAUGGUGAAGUCGUCCCCAUCAAAGAAGAGCCGGAGUGGUUGUCAGAGUGUGGUGAGGAGGCUGCCCAUGGGGAGCAAUGGCCCCAGCAGCCAUACACUGUCUGACCCCCGCCUUCUCUACCGUACCCAUCUCACCCAGCCUGAUACAGAUGCAGACAAUGGCAUGCAUUCAGGAAGACCUGAUGUACUCCCAAGGACCAUUUCCCUGACUGGAACCUCCAGUGAUGAAUUUGUAGACACUAACCAGUCCAAUUCCUCUGUGCCCACACUCAGGUCCGUAGGGGUGGAGGUGCACAAGUCUGCAAGUACAGAACCUGACAACAGCACCCCCCAAAGUUUGGGAGCUGAAGCUUUAGAGGAGCAGUUGGGUAAUGAAGAUGCUAUUUCUCUCAAAGACAUAAUUCCAGAGACCAACAUUUAUUUUUAAGAGAAGAGACUGCUGAUUGCAUGCAGAAAAGGGGGGAGAAAAGAAAAUGUGGAAGAAUGGUGUGAAAAGCCUGGGAUCAGCUGAAUGAUGAGCCUUCUCUUCCUGUGGAGGAGGAUGGAAAGGAAAGCCAAGCUUGAGGGCAGAAGUAUGUGAGGAGAUGUAGAGAGUAUGAGAGGCUCUCUACUCUAUCCAGCAUGGGGUAUGCUGCUGUAAAGCAACCUGUUGACUACAGAGGUCCUUCCUUGAGCAUUCAGAGUCCCCUUUAUUGGCCACCUGCUUCAACUUACCAUUAAAACACAUACAUACUUUUCAGCCACUCUUACAUGAAAGAAUGGGCUUUCUCUCAUACUCACCAAUGAAGUUGUGACAUUCCUGCAUUUGUCCAUAGAGUAAAAAGGUUUUUGUGAAUUAUUUUUAUUAGUAUUUAAUCUUACUGGGUGUGAAAAAAAAAAGAGGUGACCCUUUUACGUUAGACUAUAUUAUUACAGCUUGCUAAGGGUUGUUACUUUAUCCCUACAUCCUAGCAUAUGGUUUCAUGCGAAUCAGGGAUUAGUAGGUUGAAGAUCUGUUCAUCCAGUAAUGGUGGAUAAGGAGAAUACUAAGCAUGGAGGUGGUUCCUAUUUGCUGCUGAAGGUUCAACCAGAAGGGUUGUGCAAAAGUAGUAGACUCAGCAUUCAAAAGUGGAUAGGUAGAGGAAGCUGUGCCACACUAUCUCUGUGACAGUGUGAGCUGUGAAUACAUUUAAUAAUCACUUAUGGUAAUCUUUUGUACUUUGGCUACUCCUCUCUUUAUUUACACUUCUAUGAUUGGGAUCACUGACUGUGUGCUCCAGUGUUAUAAAAUCCCAGACUCAAAACAGCCAGUGUGCAGUAUGACUCUCCUUCUGCAUGUGCAGAUGCUGCAGGCAUCACUAAGGGGACUGUGUUUUUUAUUUUAUGCACCUUUGCAGGUUAAGAUGAAUUAAACCUGAUGAGGGUUUUGUAAUGUGUAUAUUCGAGAGGGAGUCAUUUGAUUGACUCUUGUUAGUUAGGUUUUCUUCUCCAGCUCUCUGUUGGGAUCUGUGCCCUAUGAGACUGCAGGUUACCAUCAGAUGAGGGGGGGGGGGUGUUAGAAAUGAAGACCAAUCCAAUUUUUCAGUUUCCAGAUGCCAGUAUGGUACUUUGAUGUGCUAGAAUUUCACUGUUUCAGAGACAAAAAUGGCCUUUUCGUUGAAGUACAUUAUUUUCACUGUAAAAGGUUUUGAAAGCAAUUCACGUAUUUUUGGUUGCUCUUGUGAUUGUCUGUUCUGCUUAUGUCUUAUGGCUAUGCAUGCUGUUUUAGUACAAGUCACAUGUUUUUUAAAAACAGCUUUUAAGUGUUUUGUUGUUUUGCUCUGUGCCCGUCAUAAUUUGUGGGCAUUUGAUUGUCCUGUGGGCUUUGUCUCUGUCAAUGGCAAGUGUUUCCAUUCUUAUAUAGACCAAUUAACAAUCUAGAUUCAUAAGUAGCUGGACAUGCGCGUCUCUUUUAUGCACCUACUUCAGUAAUACCGAUGGCUUUUAAUCCAUUGAUGUACUGUUUUUACCUUUUGUAAAUAGUUGUGUACAUAUUUAGUUUUUGUGUGUGUGUGUGUGUGUGUGUGUGUGUGUGUGUGUGUGUUUACAUACCUAUUAUAUAAUAAUAACAUGCUCUUAAGCAGUAGGUAUAGUCAACUAAAGAACUAACACAUUAGUGAAUUAACUCACUUGUCAUCUGUUUUGUCAGCAUACCAUGAAUCAGCUACAUUAACUGUACAUUAUGGAAUUGUACUAGUUUUUGCUGGAUACAGAAGUUAACCAGACUUUACAAGGACCAAAUAGCAUUACUUAUGCAAAUGUUUGAUUUUUCAAUGUAAUGUCAACUUUCCGGUACAGUUUAAUUGCAAACAUUUAUAUCAUUUAAAAUGCAAAACUCACAGCUUUAUUGUGCUCAACUGCUUUUUGUCUUGUAUAGUAACAAAAACUUUUUUUUAAGGCAAUAGAACAUCCUUUGUGUUGUACUGCACCCCCAUUUUAUUUUUAGAUUUAUUUUUCAGAGUGUGAACAGUGUUAUUGGGGGGACAUUCAUACUCUUUGACUGGCCAUAGCAUACACUUAUAACUAGGUUAUUGUGUUAAGUUCAGCCCAAGAAAGGCAGCUGUUUGGGAGUAUUUUAACCUGCCCUACUUAUGUGCUAUCCUUAUUUCAGGACUUUGAAUAGGUGGUGAACUGAGAGACCAAAUGUUCAUUUAUUUCCUACUGGACAUUUGAGCUCUAUCAGUAAAGAACUGCUGCUUCUGCACUGCAGGACUGAGUUCUACUGCUAAUACCCAAGUGCCUGAAGAGUACAUGGCUGUGCAUGAUUGAAUCUGAAUAAUUUCAUCUUUCCUCACUGAUAAAAGCAAUGUAGCAGUCUGAUUUGUCCCAUUGAUAGAACUGGGCAGUCACUGAGAGAGCAGUGCAGAAAUUUACUCUGCCUGGCUUCAUGCUUUGUCCUAUUCCUUUAAAUACACUGAAGGGUGAAUAAUACAACCUUUUGUCCAUGACCUAUUUCUGAAUGGGGAUGGGGUGGGUGUGUAUUAAGACUUAUCUUGAUCUAUUAAGGACAUAUCUGGGCACUUAAGUCAACAGAGAUGUAGCUGGAAAGGAAACCAGCGAGGUCUUCACCCUGUCCUUAGUGGUAACCUCCUGUCCUUUAAAUUGUCUGGCAUGGCAGCCAUUUUGCGCUGACAGAUUAGUAUUCAUUAGAACAAGGAAAGGAGGUAGUCUCAGUUUUUUUGAAUGUAGCUGUAUGAGUUACAGUUUUGUAUCCCCUACUUUUUAAAAUUUCAUGUCUAGUCUCUGAAGCUACUAUAGCGGUCUUAACUGUUCUGCAGUGGUGAUUUUAUAUCCUCCCCCCCCGGCAAUAUAGUGGGUUUUGAGACAACUGGAAUAUUUUUAAAGUUUUAAUUAUGAUCAUAUAGAGUUGACUCAAUCAUGAAUGUGUUUUGUGCUACUAUUCUUAUACUGUUCCUAGCUGCAUCUGCUGAAGCCAGAGGAAACCGUGUUCCUCAACUGCCAACACCACAACUGAAGAAACUACAGACUGAUAGUUUCUGAAAGGAAAAAAAACAAAACAAAAUCAAUGGAUCACUGAUAUGGACAAAUCUGAACACAACUACAAUUUGGGAAUCUGUUACUGCCACAUAAGUAGUGGAAACCACAAAUGCUGGAUGUGUCAAAUCUACAUUAUCAGGUUUUAACAAGGUUUCAUGAAGUGGAGCUAGAGGCUUGGUAUGCGUUUGCCCAAAGCACCUUGACGUUUUGAAAACAUUUCUUCCAGAAUUGCUGUUUCAACUAUUUUAUUUUAUUUUAUUAGAAUUUUUUGGUUCAGAUGCCAUGCACAGUUUCGCAUUCAUUGGUUUGGUUCAUGGCAGGGGCAGAUGUAGCCAUGAUUUUGCACCCUGUGAUAUGACCAAGCUAAAGGAGCUAAAGACUGAUGUGGUGAAUGCUCUCAGCAGCGUUUGGAGCACAAAGUCCAUUUUAACAAAUAAAAACUUGACCAUAAAUUUGUAUUCAGAUGCUACUCAAUUAUGAUUUUAAGAUUAAAAAAAACCCCAUUUCUUUUAAUUUUUAAAACAUUUUAAUUUUACAAGUACAUUGUCUGCUGAAUGUCAUUUAAUGGUGAGUAUUAUGUUUAUGCAUGCAAUAAUUUCGCUUCUCAUCCUUGUUCCCUGUACAUGUUUACAGCCUAUUUAGAUCAGAGGAUUCAUUUUAUUUCUUUUUACCAUAGCUAUGAUGUCCUGAUUUAAUAACCUGAUUAUUUUCAACAUGUACCACUUUCUGAUACAAAAAAACAAAAA